AUAUAUGUGAAUCCCCAAAGUUGUUUGUUGAGGGAGCUCACAGUGGUGAUGUUACCCAAGGAUCAGUUGGUAACUGCUGGUUUGUUGCUGCUAUGUCAUGUUUAGCAAACUACAAAGACGUCUGGAAUAGAGUAAUUCCUGACCAUGAAACACAAGACUGGAAUUCUGAAAAACCUGAAGAAUAUGCAGGAAUUUUUCAUUUUCGCUUUUGGCGUUAUGGUGAAUGGCUUGACGUUGUAAUUGAUGACCAACUUCCAACUCGGAAUGGUCAACUUCUUUUCAUCCACUCCAAAGAAAGAAAUGAAUUUUGGAGUGCUCUUCUUGAAAAAGCUUAUGCCAAGUUGUUUGGAAAUUAUGAAGUCCUUGAUGGUGGAGAACUUGCUGAAGCUCUGGAAGAUUUCACAGGAGGCGUGUCUGAUACUAUGAACAUACAAACAAUGGAAGUAGCAGAGAAAAUGGAGGAGAGAACAGCAUUAUUUGAACGCAUGAAAAAAGAAAUGGAUCGUAAUUCUCUAAUGGCAGCCUCAAUUCCUGCAGCGUCUAGUGAAGAAAUGGAAGCCACUUUGGAUUCUGGUUUGGUGAAAGGCCACGCUUAUGGACUUACUUGUGUUAAGAAUAUCCAUUUAGAAGGUUCAGGCUUGUUUGGGAUGUUUGGAAGAGAGAAGAUGCCGAUGGUUCGUCUUCGCAAUCCAUGGGGUCAAUGUGAAUGGAAAGGAGCCUUUAGUGAUGGGUCACCAGAAUGGCAAAAAAUUGACAAAAAUGAUCGAAGUAAAAUUGGAUUAACAUUUGAAGAUGAUGGUGAAUUUUGGAUGACUUUCGAAGAUUUUAGCAAACAUUUCGUCAAUGUUGCAAUUUGUAGAGUUGUCAACACAUCUAUUUUCUCAUUAAGAAAAACUUGGUCUGAAGGAACUGGAAAUGGUGAAUGGAAAAAACCUGGAAGCUGUGGUGGUUGUAUUAACAACAAAGAGAGCUUCUUGCAAAAUCCACAGUAUGCUUUUGAUGUUUCCGAAGACGAGGAUGAAGUCAUGGUGCAGCUGAUGCAGAAAACAUCUCGAACAAAAUUGGGAGACGACAAUGAAACUAUUGGAUGUACAGUAAUUAAAGUUGAAGAGAACCGUCGCUAUCGUAUUCACAAUCUCUUUUAUCAAGAAGUAUUGAAUAGUACCGUUUUUCGAAACAGCCGCUCUAUAUUUUUUAAAGACAGUCUGAAAAAGGGCCGUUAUGUAAUUAUCCCAUGCACAUUUAAAGCUGACAUUGAAGGAAGCUUUUUACUGCGAGUAUAUACAUCUUCAGACAAUUCUUUUAAGCAUCUAAUCCAUGACCAACCCGUGAAGAGCUUUUGGCAAUGCUUUUCAAGAGAGCCAGUUCUUUUAACUCGUGUCAAGGUCCUCAAGGCUGUUGGCUUGGAAAAGCAAGAUGAUGUUGGUGCUGAUCCAUACUGUGUUAUCUCCUGUGAAAGAGAAAAAGUUUAUACCAAAGUGGUUAAAGACACCACAGACCCAGACUUCAAUAGUUCUGCUAUUUUCUAUCGAAGAAAUCCAGACAAAUCUCCACUAAAAGUACAGAUCUGGAACAACAAUCUGCUGAAAGAUGAAUACAUGGGGAAGCAUGUGUUCACUACAAUAGACGAAUGUGAUAGAACAAUUAAAGAAGUGGAGCUCUUUGGGCGUGGAAAAGAAGGAGACAUUCAACGUCCUGGCAAGUUACUCAUUGAAAUCACCAACAAAACUGAUUUCAUGGCUAUCUGAUUAUUUUCAUAAACUUCUUAUAAAAAAUAUCCUCUAUCUUUUACUUUACUUUUUUCUUCAAAUUGUACCUGACACAUUUAAAGACAAUUAAUUUGUGGUUAUUUUCAUCAUCAUCAUCAUUAUUAUUAUUAUAUUAUUAUUAUUAUUAUUAUUAUUAUUAUUAUUAUUAUUGUGGUUGUUGUUGUUGUUAUGGUGGUAAGCUGGCAGAAUUGUUACCAUACCAGGCAAAAUUCUUAGCAUUUAUUCCAGCUCUUUAUUGUGAAUUAAAAAUUCCACCAACAUCAACUUUACCUUUUUCAUUCUUUGGGGUCAGUAAAAUAAGUACCAGUCAAGUACAAGUACUGGGGUUGAUGUAAUUGACCAACUCCUCUCCCUAAAAUUACUGGCCAAAAUUUGAAACCAUUAUUAUUGCAUUACAUUAGAAAUCACUUCAGAAAAUCAUAGAAAACAUUCUUUAUUAUUAUUA